UCAAUCAAAUCUCAUUAAAAAUGAAAAUCCUAAAAUUAUAACCGUGAAAAUAAUUAUAAGAUCAAUUCACAAACACAGAGAACAAAACUGAUAUGUGUAUUUGUGAUAAAUCGGAAAAUAAGUAUCGUAAUCUAAGCAUUAAAUUAAUGUAAAUUUGAAUAUAAAUACAAAUAACGUAAUGUAAACAAAAAUAAUGCACAUUAGUAGUAUCUCAAUAAAAAAUCAAAUACUAAAAUCUAUGCACUAUGAUUCCAUCUAAUACAAUUUGCGUAUCAGAAGAGGGUCCAGCUAAUGCUUUAGCGCUAAAUAAAGAUGCAACACAAGUCGUAAUAGCCGGAAGAAAUGUGUUCAAGGUUUUUUCGAUUGAAGAAAAUGAUUUCACGGAAGUGUGUAAUUUGAGAGUAGGAAAGAAUUUAAAUCUCAACUUUUCGUCCAUUGAUGUGGCCUGGAGUACAAUUGAAGAGAACACACUAGCAACAGCAGCUACAAAUGGUGCUGUGGUAGUAUGGAAUCUUGGGAGGUCGGGUCGCUCAAAACAGGAACAUGUAUUCUCAGAUCAUAAAAGAACAGUCAAUAAGGUGAGUUUCCACCUUACUGAGCCAGCACUGCUUAUAUCUGGCUCUCAGGAUGGGAUGAUGAAAUGUUUUGAUCUUCGAAUGAAGGAAGUUGCUAGAACUUUUAUAAGCAACACGGAAUCAAUCCGGGACGUCCAGUUCAGUCCCCACCAGGCCCACACAUUCGCGGCCGUCUCCGAGAACGGCAACGUCCAGCUGUGGGACGUGAGGCGCCACGAGCGAUGUCUCCAGCAGUUCACCGCUCACUCGGGCCCGGUGUUCGCGUGCGACUGGCACUCGGAGAUGCCUUGGCUUGCCACGGCCUCCAGAGACAAGACAAUUAAAGUAUGGGACAUUCACGCCAAGCCCAACCUAGAGCACACUAUAUACACGAUAGCGUCCGUCGGCCACGUCAAGUGGAGACCGCAGAAAAAGUACCAGGUCGCGUCGUGCGCGCUGGUGCUGGACUGCGCCGUGCACGUGUGGGACGUGAGGAGGCCGCACGUGCCGCUCGCCACCUUCGCCGAGCACCGGGACGUGACCACGGCCAUCGCCUGGCAGAACGACCCCAACACCUUCCUGUCCACCAGCAGGGACUGCAGCUUGUACCGGCACCGCUUCUCGGAGGCGGCGCACCCCGUGCUGUGGGCCAACCCGCACGGCGUGUGCGUGUCCGCGCGCGGUGACGUCACGCACGCCGCCCCCGACUGCCCCCUGCCCGCGCUGCACACCAACCCCGCCUCCGACCGAUACGUACCUGGGCUCGGCCGAAAGCAGCCGACCGCAGGCUCGCUGCGUCCGCAGGCUCAGGCCGCACUGGAGCGCCUGUUUCCCGGGGGCGCCGCCUCCGUCCUCACCAGGUACUCGGGCGAGGGUCGACCCCCGUGCUGCGUGGUGGCCUGCGCCAAGGAGUACAAGAUGAGAGGCCUCCCCACACACGAGCUCGCCGAGCACAACGCCAAGGUCGCCAGAGCCUACAACCGGCACAUGGUGGGGCACGUGUGGGAGGUGGUGCGCUGCGUGUACGGCCGGCCGCCGCCCCGGGAGCCCCCAGAGCGCGAGCCUCCGCCCCCGCCGCCCGCACACACCAACAGUAACGCAGUGGAAGAGGAGCCCUUAGAGGAAGUGGAGCAGUGGGCGGAGACGCAGUUCCACAACAGCGGGGUGCUCGGCAUGCCCACGCUCAGCAUCUACAUCCCGCCGCACAAGUACAAGAUACGCCACGACGCAACUGGUGCAUGUGGUCCAGAGGGGUCGGGCUGGGUGUCGGCGGCCAGCGCGCACUACGUGGAUGUGGAGACGGCCGACUGGACCCUCCCUGAGGAGGCCUUCCCUCUGCGCGCCCCUCCGCCGGCCCACCAGCCCUCCAUACUCGACACGACGCACGGUCGCGCGGCUGCGGGCGGGGCGUCCCCCGGAGGCAGCUCGUCCCCGGGGAGCGGCUCGAGCGGCUCCAACGGCUCGGCGUGCACCGCUCCACCGAACUUGGAGCAGACCUCCAGCGCGUACCCCGGCGCCGCCACGUUGUGUCGCGCACAGCCGGAGGAGGGAGAGUCUGGUCCCCUGUGGGUGGUGCACGAGGCGCUGCGCCCCCACGUGGAGCCGGCGCCGCUGCUGGCGCUGGCGCUGCGCCACCACGCCGACCUCGGCGACGUGCAGACCGCCGCGCUCGUCAUGAUCGUGCUGCACGAGCACAGGAGCGACUUGUUCCCGUACAUAGACGAGGGUCUGCAGGAGCACUGGCUGCUGGGCUACAUCGAGUUCUUACAGAAACACAAACUGUGGAAUGUCGCCACUGAGGUGGUGCGGUGCGCCUGGCUGAGCAGUGUGUGGUCGUUGUCCCAGCAGUCCAGCAGCGUCACGGUGUGCUGCGGGCGCUGCGGCCGGCGCGCGCGGCCCCGGGCCAUGUGCGACCGCUGCCUGCCCCACCCCGACCUGUGCGCCGUGUGCCGACAGGUGGUGCGCGGGCUGUACGCGUGGUGCCAGGGCUGCUCGCACGGCGGCCACCUGGAGCACAUGCGCCAGUGGAUGGAGAAGCACCAGCUCUGUCCCGCCGGCUGCGGACAUCACUGUCAACUAGGCUGAAAUACGCCUUACAGAAAAUGUUACUCUACAAAGUUUCUUCCAUCAUUGUAUAUCUUAGUUAUACAUCUUUUAUAAAAAGAACAUUUUGAUAAGAGAUUUAUUUUGUGUAAAGUAAAUACUCCUUUGUAAUAUUUUUUAUUUACAUUUAAGCAUAGUUUCUGUUAGAAUAAAAUCUUAAAAAUAUGUGUUCAUUAAAUGUAACCAAUCUAUUGCGACCAGCAACCUAAACUAGUCCUCGUCUACAUUUGUAUACAUGUGUGCGAUCUCACUGGGCGCGAGACCUCUUGUGAGUCCGCGCGGGUAGGUACCACCACCCUGCCUAUUUCUGCCGUGAAGCAGUAAUGCGUUUCGGUUUGAAGGGCGAUAC